AGUUAAACGGCACAGUUACUACAAAAACCCUAAUCUCAGUUUCUUCUGGUGUUUUUGUGCUCUUUUGGUUGUAAAAGUUUGGAUCUUUUUGAGUUGAAAGAGAUGAACAGAGGAAGGAGGAAUCUGAAACAAGCGGCGUCGGAGCAGGACUUCACGCUUGAGGAAUGUCAGAGUAUCGCUCAGGUCGUCUCUCUCAGAGGUUCCAAUCAAAUUGAGAUAAUGGAUGCAAAAGGAGAACACUCAUUAGCCUUGUUUCCAGCCAAGUUUCGUGAGAGCAUGUGGAUCAGACGAGGAAGCUUUGUGGUGAUUGAUCAUACAGGAAAGGAAAAGGCGCAAGAAUCUGGUAGCAAAGUUACAUCAAUUGUCUGUAAAGUUCUCUUCUUUGAGCAAAUCCGUCUCCUCCAAAAGUCUCCUGAAUGGCCAGAGAUCUUCAGAGAUGCCAAGCCAGUUCCAGCUGAUGAAAGCUCUCAAAUCCCCAUCCCACAGCAAGGUGAAAUAGAUUCUAGCGAUGAGAGUGAUGAUGGGAUGCCUCCACUGGAAGCAAACACAAACAGAUUGAGGCCGUUUGGGGUGCAGUGUGAUGCGGAAACAGAUUCUGGAUCAGAUUCUGACUCAUAGAAACAUCCGGAACAUGCUUUUCAGCUUGUUUCUCAAGAGAGAGAACAUUAUAGUUUUGAGAUGUCUCUUAUUAAACUGUAUGUAACCAACACAGAGCUGCUGAAGAAAAUGCACUGUUUUGAUUUUGCAAUGAAUUGAUUAUUGAUCUAUAUGGCUUAGUACAUGGUUCA